AUGUCUAUUCCACAAAUAAAUCCUGCAACUGGUGAAAAGCUAGAGCCAGUAACCCUUAACACAGUAGAAGAAGUGAUGGAAGCUGUGAAGAAUGCACGUGAAGCCCAACAAAAAUGGGAAUCUGUUCCUAUUAAAGUAAGAGCCAAACAUUUACAAAAGAUGAAACGAUUUCUUGCGGAUAAUGCCGAACGGGCAGCGGAGAUUAUUUCAGAAUGUAAUGGAAAAACACGUCAAGAUGCAUUGGCUACAGAAAUUCUACCAUGUGUGAUGGCUUGUGAAUGGUAUGCAAAGAAUACGGAAAAAGUAUUAUCCCCACAACGUCUCUCAUGUGGAAAUCUUUUAUUUGCAAAUAAGUCUAAUACAUUGGAGUAUAUUCCUCUUGGUGUGGUGGGGGUUAUUUCACCAUGGAAUUAUCCCUUCGCCAUUCCCUUUGUAGAUGUUAUUAUGGCUUUAAUGGCAGGUAAUGCUGUCAUCUUAAAGGUGGCAACUCCUACUACACAUGUAGGUCUAUUUAUUGAAAAAUGUAUAGAAGCGGGGGAGUUUCCAUCUGGUCUCUUUACACAUAUUGUAUUGCCUGGAGAAACAGCCGGUUCUGCAUUUCUACAAGCGGGUAUUCAUAAACUUUUCUUUACUGGUAGUGUGUCUGUAGGCCGUCGAUUAAUGGAACACGCCGCCCCAACACUCACACCAGUUUCAUUAGAACUUGGUGGAAAAGAUGCGAUGAUUGUUCUCGCCGAUGCGGCAUUAGAACGGGCAGUAAACUGCGCCUUAUGGGCGGGAUUUCAAAAUGCCGGACAAUCCUGCGCAGGUGUGGAACGUGUAUUUGUAGAUGCUUCUAUUUAUGAGGAAUUUCUUAAUCUUCUCGCUGCAAAGACAAGAGCACUUCGUCAUGGUCCAGAUGUUCAUAGUUCUUCUUCAUCUUCUUCUUCUGGUAAUAGAGAUGGACCGAAAGUGGAUAUUGGUUCUCUCACCACAGCUGCACAGUUAAAGACUGUAUGUACACAAGUGGAAGAUGCCAUUGCACGAGGGGCUCGUAUAGUAGCUCAAAGUAAAUCCAUUGGAAAUGUAGAAAAUGGAUGGUUUUAUCCCGCAACUGUACUUGCAGAUGUAACUCCAGAUAUGUUGUUAAUGAAAGAAGAAACCUUUGGUCCAUUAAUUCCUGUGAUGCCUUUUACGACAGAAGAAGAAGCAAUACAAUUAACCAAUAAUUGUGCCUUUGCACUUACAAAUAGUGUCUUCUCUCGUAAUCACAGUCAUGCCCGUCGAGUGGCUCGACAAUUACACAGUGGUGUAGUGACCAUUAAUGAUCAUCUCUAUUCACAUGGGAUGAGUGAAGCUCCAUGGGGUGGAUGGAAGAAUAGUGGAAUAGGAAGAACACAUGGUGUACUUGGAUUACGAGAGAUGUGUAAUGUACGAUGUAUUAAUGAGGAUUGUAUUCCCAGCUCUAUUCUUCAUAGAGAUUUAUGGUGGUUUCCACAAACACAAGAAUCAUAUGAAGCUAUUUUAAAUGCUUUAUCUUUUGUAGCGCCUCGUAAUAUCUUUCAUGCCUUACAAAGUGUUUAUGGUUUAUUAAAAGGGGCAAAAAUAAUGUUUAUUCGAUGGGUUGUUAAAGAUGAUAAUAAUGAAAAUGAUAAUAAUAAGAAUAAUACAACCAGUACUUUAGAGGAGAAGAAAAAAUCAAAUUGA